CAGAAGAAGAAGCAGAGGAGCCGCUGUGUGCUGACAGUUGGGGCUGAGCCGGGGAGAAACGAGCAGCGACGGGCGCUCCUAGUUCGUCCCUGCAGCCGGUACCACCGUGGUCAUCUCAGGAUACGCACGGCUGUUUUCCUGUUUUUCCUUUUUUGAAGAACCCCCGAGCUUUUCAGGCAUGCUUUCUCCUUCUGCCUUGGUGGGUAAGCGGGACGCCGGUGAAUAACACUUCCCUUCAGCGGCUGGAUAAAUGACUUGAGAAACUCUCGUCGAAGUGAGCGGACAGAGAAAGCGGUUGUACGGGAGAUGAAUGUUACCGGGAAACAGCAACCUGAGCUGAUCGAGCGACCCGCCAGUCUCCCGGUUCCAACUUCGACAAAAUCUGGAAUUGCUUUGCUGUACAAUGAGGAGACCAACAAUACCUAUGAUGUCUGCCUGAAAUUGACCAAAGAGGUAUUAACCAUACAGAAGCUGGAUGUGGUUUGCACGAGUGGAAGUGAAUCCCAAGUAAAUCACAGAACUGUUGUACUGCGAAGACAAGCGACCGGCGGUCUGGGCUUAAGCAUCAAAGGAGGUGCAGAGCACAACGUGCCAGUGGUUAUUUCAAAGAUUUUUAAAGAUCAAGUAGCCGAUCAGACGGGGAAGCUGUUCGUCGGGGACGCAGUGUUGCAGGUCAAUGGGAUUAAUGUAGAGCACUGUACUCACGAGGAAGUUGUUCACCUCUUGCGUACUGCGGGAGAUGAGGUCACCAUCACUGUUCGCUACCUGCGAGAAGUUCCAUCAUUUCUAAAACUGCCUCUAGGGUCUCCGGGGCCAGAUCACAGUCGAGUAUCCUCCCCGCUGUUCGACAGUGGUGUACAUUUAAAUGGAAACGGAAACAACACAGCUCCAUCACCCCCUUCGCCCUCAGCUAAUGAACCAAAGUAUGAGAAGCGCUGGCUGGAUGCCGUCUCCCUGCCCUUGUUGAUGGCCAGAGUCUCCAGAUACAAAGCUGGCAAAGAUAAAUUAAGGUUCAACUGUUUUGAAGUUUUUGCCUUGGAUGGAGCCAGCACCAAUAUUCUUCAAUUUUGCACUGCAGCAGAAAGCACAGACUGGCUCCAAGCAAUAUCCACAAAUAUCAAUGACUUGACACAGGAGAAUAUAAAGAUCAUCAACAAGUACUGCUCUUCAGAUGAUCAAAUUGUUCACAUGGGCUGGGCAUGUGAAUGCCCCGAGGGUAGCGCUCCUGGUCGAUCUUCAACAUUUAAGUUCCUGGCACUGCGAGGACCAUAUUUUUAUAUCUUCAAAAGUCCCCCGAUCAGUGCUGCUGACUGGGGACAAGCUGAAACAACAUAUAACCUCUAUGAGGUUCUUUUCAAGGUUCACAAGCUGUGGAUGGCAGAGGACUGCUGGCUCCAGGCAAGGCUCUACUUGGGACUGGAGCAUUCUCCUGAGCAGGACACGGAGUCUCUGUGCUUCAGUAUUCUGGUCGGCCACGGCCAGAGCCACACCUUCAGGGUAGAGCUGGCCACUGACCUGGCUAUCUGGGAGAAGUCCUUCCAAAGGGCUGUCUUCUUGGAAGUGCAGCGAAUACAAUCCAAAAGCUACAUGUGCAGCAGCCAGGGGAAUGUGCUGUGCUUCACCAUAGAUUUUGCAUCAGGCUUCACCUGCUCUGAAAGCACUUCAAAGACAAUACUGUGGCGAUACAAGUUCUCUCAACUUAAAGGCUCCUCUGACGACGGGAAAACCAGGGUAAAGCUUCUUUUUAAGAAUCCCGAAAGCAAGCAGAUAGAAAUGAAGGAGCUGGAGUUUGCUAAUCUGACAGCCGUCCUCCACUGUAUACAUUCUUUUAUCGCUGCCAAAGUGGCCUCCAUGGACCCUCUCUUUAUGUGCAGUCAAAGCUUCCUUGGAAAUUACACGAACAGUUAAGAAGACACGUGCUCAUCGUGAUGUGCACCUGAGGCAAAUCAGCAGUAUUUUAUGCACAGAGCCCAUUGAUAUGUAUAUCUUGUUCUUGCUAUUUUUGUAUGGACUUCUGAAAAAGACAUCUUUGUAAAAGACUCUUGAGGUGGGUAAUGUAAGAUCUACUGAAGGAAAGAUGAGGUUUCACUUUUAGACAACUAGAGAUAUCCAGUGGGAAAAGAUAUACAGUUCUUCCAUUCUUCAGUUUGCCCCCCAUUUGAUAAUUAUUCAGAGUGAAACUUAACACCUAUGAUGAUAAAAAAAAAAAUGUAGCUGCCACUGUGUUUAACAGAAAACUUAAAAAUGAAUUUUGCUACAUGUCUACCUACAAAUAUUGAAGAAAUUUCAGCUGGGUAAAUGAAGCGGAUACUGUCACAGGGGGAUACAGGAUUAAAACAGGCCUUUGACAGGGAUAUCUCCAACAAUGAUGAGAAAGCGUACUUUUUUUUUUUAAUCCCCCCAAACUUCCUGUGGUUUACCUAGUAAUGUCAUGUCUGAAAAAGUACCGCAAGCACCUUACAAUAAAAAGCAAAAAUAAUAGCCUCCAAAUAACCACCGAGUUGACUCGACAGCACUCUGAUACGGGCCCAGACUAAAAUUAAAGAAACUUCCCAAAGGCAGCGCUGGUGCCAGGCUUCAGUACUUCACUGGUUUGGAUUAAAUUGCAAGUUGUUUGUGUUACUGUUUCCAUCUUUUGUAUCAAAUAAAAAGGCAAAAGUCCAGAGUGUUGCAUUUCUCUGGCAAACAACAUUUUAAGCUUCACAGUAUUGUUAUAGUCGUUUUUGGGUUUUUUUUUUUUUUUAAUUCUUUUUUUUUUUUAAUUCUUUUUCCAAAUCUCAUCCUGAUAUGGUGAAAAUACUGUACAUCUUCAACUUUCUGUAAUGGUUUUAGUGUUAAAUAACAUGUUUGCUGUAUUUUCAAUAAAUCGCUUACAGAGUACAACUUUGUCAUCCGAGGCAUGUUAAAGCUCCCUGUGGGUCUACAUGUAUCUGCUUUCACACUUUAGCAUCUGCUAGCCCAGCUGCUGAUUUCUGUCUUAAUACUGCAUUUGUGUGCCAAAAAUACAUUUUCUGUCUUUUCCAAAAACAAAAAGAAAACGCUGCACAGGUAGCUGGGUUUUAUUGGAAGAGCCUGUUCCACUACUUAUUUUCAACUGAACUGGGCUGCAGCGCAGUCUCAUUAAACUGAGUAGUUUAAUUCUGUGAUUUAGUAACUUGAGUCUUUUCACCAAGAGGUCACCGAUCAGAGAAUACCAACAAGUUCAAGGUCAACAGACAGCUGUUUGCAAACUGUUCCUUUAGCUGUGUCUUCUGGUCCUUGAACUUUAACUCGGUACAGUUGUCUUUGCUACCCACAAUAAAC